UGCAACAUCAACGGAUAAAGAAGACAUCAAUAUAUAUCGUUAGGAUUUCUGUAGCUUAAAUUACGUUUACAAUUCUGCGCGCAAAAGAAAAAUAUUAGCUUCGGUUGUACAUAGAUAUUUAUUAUUAUUAUUAUUAUUAUUAUUAUUAUUAUUAGUAGUAGUAGUAGUAGUAGUAGUAGUAGUAAUUAUAAGUCAGAAUAAUUAACAAUUAAUGAAAAAGAAAAGUACAAGUUAUUUUAACUGUUAAUAAGCAGUUGCGCUUGGGGUAUAAAAUGCGCUCUUUGUAUGGGGAAUGACUACAGAGUGUGCUUAAAUGCAAAAGACUUAGUUUUGAUUUAGGAGGCUUUGUAACCUGAAUUAGUUGAUGAAUUUUCUAUCGAUCCUAAACAAGCCUAGAUUUAUCUCUGACACGCAGAUCACGCCACCUCCAUUCUAUCACCAUUAUUAGCGAGUGCAUUUAAGAGUCUCGUCAGAGGGAGAGGUUUGCCCUUCCACUUGGUAUCGCUUUUCAUGACUACUAGCCAAAAAAUAAAGGAGUAUUUAAGUUCUGAACAUCUGAACCACAUUUUGGAGAGGAGUGUGUAUGUUCUCAUUAAACUGAGGUACUCAAGACGAAAGAAAGGGGGAGUCGCUUAGUCUCGGUUUCUGUGCUUAUGUAAAAGUCCAGGGUGGCUUUUAUCGGCAUGUCAGUUUCCACUAAUGAGUGUUUUGUUUCCACUGUCAGUUUGUUAAAGUCUAACCAACACAUUAAAAUAUGAAACGUGGUUAUACAGUCCCAAACUGAGCGUUGAUAUUGAGCACAGUCUAAGCUGCCUUUUCUCGUUUCCUAAUCCGGGAAUUGGAAGGAUGCACGCCAUUGGCUACCGCUGUCACGUGGACUCUUAACUUUGUUCACUUGACAGAAAGUAGGAGGGUUUUACGAAACAGGAAAACGAGUAAAGGGAUAGAUAUAAAUUUUAGUAUAUUUUGUGUGCAAUUCAAAGAAAUUAAUGGCCAUGAGUUCCUAUUUGAUCAACUCCAACUAUGUGGACCCCAAGUUUCCACCGUGCGAAGAGUACUCCCAAAGCGACUACCUACCCAGUCACUCUCCGGACUACUAUAGCGCCCAGAGGCAAGAGCCAUCGUUCCAGCAUGAAUCGAUCUACCAUCAGCGGUCGGGCUGCGCCGAUCCACCCUACUCGUCGUGCCAGGGUCCAGGGCAGCCCUCUGUGGUGAUGUCUCCUCGGGGUCACGUACUAAACCCUGCUGCACUCUCGACCCCUCUUCCAGAAUCAAGCCACCCCUGCGACUCGGUAACUCCGAGCCCUCCGCCUGCUUGCGGUCAGACCCCUAUUAACCAAAGCACUCCUUCGGCCACUUCACGAAAGGAUCCCGUGGUGUACCCCUGGAUGAAAAAGGUCCACGUAAAUAUCGUGAGCCCGAACUAUUCGGGGGGAGAACCCAAGCGCUCACGCACAGCUUACACGCGACAGCAAGUUCUUGAGCUGGAGAAAGAGUUCCACUACAACCGCUAUCUUACUCGCCGGCGUAGGGUGGAAAUCGCCCACACCCUUUGUCUCUCAGAACGACAGAUAAAGAUCUGGUUUCAAAACCGGCGCAUGAAGUGGAAGAAAGACCAUAAGCUGCCCAACACGAAGAUCCGCUCCAGCAACUCGGCCAACUCGAGUUUAAACGGCGGCCCCUUGUGCAGUAAUCAGAACCGUUCUAAUGGACCUCCACAGACUCUAUAGCUUGCUUGCUAUAUCAGAAAGACAUAUUUUAAGACCUCUGUUUAAGGAGUGAGGCUCUAUAAAUUCUCUUCGCGUGUAAACAACAUGGAUAUUAUAUGAAGUGUGGUAAUGAUAAGGUGCACAGGAAAAAAAUAACACAAAUGGGGAGAAGACUCGAACUCAAACACUUCUACAUUUGUGAUCACUCUCAGUUCAGUUCUAUCCUGUGCCCUUAUGGGUUCCUGCUCCCUCGACCCCACCAUAACGACAGAAGGCAGCAGACAGUUUUCAGAUUUGGUGAAGAUGGAUCCCUGCUUCAUCUUUAAUCAUGCCAAACCCAGUCCCAUUUGUCAUGUUUACUCUGUGGCACAAAGGAUGAACCGUAGGCCUGCCCAUUACCUCGACGUCUAGAAUUGUGCCUAAUAAAUGAGUCUCCUUGUUUUGUCAAGAGCCAUUUUCAAAACCCCCUUUCUUGCUGGCUUGUAGCCUACAAAAGUAGCCGAACGCUGUUCUCUUAAUAUUAAGCUUCUCUUCCUCUCUAACGUUACUCUCACAAUUAAUAUUUUGUUUUGCAUUUGGGGCUGAUUAAGACUGUGAGGGCUAGAUGUCCUUCCUUGAACAUAGGAGAACCUUAUUGGUCACGUUUUGUGUCCAAUUAUUUAGCGCAUUUCAAAUUGAGAACACAGAAAUAAGACGGUGUGUACGAAAAUAUCUGCCUUGAAUUUUAUUAAUAUUUAGAUAAACGUUAGAACAGUUAAAUCAAAGUGGGCAUAUAGAUACCCAAAACAGUACAAUGCAAAAUUAUUUAAAAUGAGCACUGCUAAAUACUAUUUGAAUUACCUCAGUUGAUUUUUUUUAUGUCUUUAUUGUCUAUUUUUUAUGAAGUGAUACGUUUGAAGUCAUUUGAUCAGAAUGCAGUUUUCUGCAAACAUAUUACCAUUUAUUUGUAAGUUGCAAUGUAAUUUAAAUAUUCGUGUCGCCAGGGCUGUGUGGAGAAAAUGCGUAUAUUGCAUGAAUGAAUGAGCUACACUAUUUUUCCUUUUCCCCUAUUACCUCAACUUUUAAUUCCAGUUUUCACAAUAGACAUUUUGUGCCACAAUAAACGUAUGCACGUGUCAUCUUUCUUUCUUUCUUUCUUUCUUUCUUUCUUUCUUUCUUUCUUUCUUUCUUUCUUUCUCUUUCUUUCUUUCUUUCUUAGUACUUUUAAUGUGCUGAUAUUUUAUCGUUUCUGAGAUUAUCUUUUACAUUCCAAAGAUCAGUCUUCCUGGUGAAAAUGUAUUUUCUCUUUUUUUCGCAUUUCUAUGUCUCUUUCUUUCUGCUUAGGCCUUUUACUGUACACCUUUGUUAUGUGUAAAUAGCUAUAGAAAUUUAAUAAAUAAAAAAUAAUAAUCACAGUAUUUUUUUCGUGUCAUGUCCUCUUGUGGAGUUCGAUAGCAGAUGUGCUAGGUGGAGGCGGUAACUGCAAUUAAUCGUAAUACCAACAGAGAAAUAACAAACAUUUUUCAUUGAAUCUGGGUCAAUUUGAGCCACGUAUUUGUAAAAACAUUGGAAGUGUCCUGUCCUAAAUAUCAAUGUAUAAUGUAUAUCGUUGGUUUUCGUGUAAUCUUAGUGCAUUAGACACUGCAAUCAAUUUCUAAAUCCCAAAAACACCUUGUUUGAGAUUUCUCCUUAAUUUAAUGUUGCACACCCCUCUUUCUUGAAGCAGAGCAGGUCAAAUUAAAUGUAUUCUUCCGUUUAAACACAAGGCAGAAAAGUUUGUAGUUGUUUAGGAUUUAAUGAGUAUAAUUUUUGCACAGAGGUGUUGGGUGUUUUUGCCAGCGCAAGCUGUGUUUUUAUUUCAAAGGACCGGGCCAGUGCCAUAGCUCAAACGCUGACAACCAAAUAGAUAAUCAAGAAGACAAAUGGCUUCUUUAGGAUUGCACAGCCUUCGUAUUAAUUUUCAUUUUCUUUUCUUACAGUAGGUAUCGAAAAUAUAGAGCCGGAGAAAAUAGAAUUUCGUUUGCCGGUGUUGGAACAAAGUGCGAUUUUAAAUUGGCCUCCUACCUUUUGUGCUAUCUAGAAAAUUUUCGAUUACUUACCUUUUGACUUCAGCGUGUCUUUUUGCGACAAAUCCCGCUUCAGUCAUUUGUAUGUUGUGAAAUGUCUUUCAGUUACUAAAGCAAUAAACCUCAGCAUACUCAGAAGCACAAAAUGAAUAGCACACCAUAUAUUUAAUUUACACAUUGUCUACAGCAUAUUUACGUAAAAACCUAUGUUUAUAUAUAAUUGAUUAAAAAAUACCAUUGAAUAUAAAAAAAUAUAGAAAACAUCCACUAUUUAACGUCACAUAUCCAAAACAAUAAACACGCGAAGACAUCACGAUGUAAAUUACAAUUAGUGUCUGAAUAUUAUGUUAAAAUUACAUAUUACACACUACUUAUGCGUUCAUCACAUUUUACCACGAAAAGACUUGCAAUUUGAAAGAUAUUUAAACCUUGAAAUUAAAGAUAUUCGUGUGUGGUAUCUAAUAUAAUGUUACCAUGGAAUUCUAUUCUCGUUUGAGAGCCUGCCGUAUUUUAGAAAAAGGCCUCGGCCACGAAGGUCUGAAUAGUGUGAGCAGAUUUCUUUUAAGGGUUUCAAAAGUUCAUCGCUAUUAUUUGUAGACAGAUGCCUGAAGAAAAAUGUGAGAAUUAUACAAAAAAAUCAUUAAUCACAGCUUCUCUUUAAACAAGUCCUCU